UGUUUGUACAAAGUAGAAUUAACGUGAGCAUUCAAUUUACGUAUUGAGGAUAAAUUCUAUUGGGUUUAACACUCUGACUCGGUUUUGAGAAAGGCCAUACUGCCGGGAUAAUAUACUAGAGACACGUACGAACACGAAGUAUCUCGUUUGGUGCAAUUGAACUGUUGCCUACAAUCACGAGGAAAAAAAACAAACAAAAAGACACAUAUUUCUUGGGAUAAGAAUUAAUAGGAUUCAAUUACACUGUCUAUAUCGAUAUAUUUGGAUAUUGUGAGAACUUUUAUACGGAUUAUCUGCUGUUGGUUAGUUGUUAAUUUAUAAGGGGGAAGGUUACGAGAAUUUUUUGAACGCUUUUUGUUUCUAUUACUUUAUUUUGGAACUGAAUUAUAAACAAUGCCACAGAAACGGAUUAAGAAGGAUAAAUUCGAACCAAAGGAUUUGGUAUUGGCUAAGAUGCACGGAUUCCCCGCUUGGCCAUCAUUUGUGAUGCCAUUGAAUCUUGUUCCUGAACCUAUAUUAAGAGCCAAGAAAAAGACCACCAAUUUUUGUGUUAUUUUCAUUCCAGAUGGAGAUUUCUAUUGGAUGAAUGAGAAAAGUUUAGAUAUCUUAACGGAGGAAGCUUUGGAUAAGAAAUUGGAUAAAAUCCCUGCAAAGUAUGUCCGGAAGAAGGGGAAUGGUGGGAGAACUUUACAUGUUAAUGAUGCACUUUUGGCAGCAAAAGGAUUAGAUUUUGAUGAAUUUAUGGAACAACUUGAUAAGGAUCGAGGAGGAAAUGAAGAAGAGGAAGAAGAGGAAGAAGAGGAAGAAGAGGAUGAUGAGGAAGAAGAAGAGGAGGAAGUACAAGAGGAAACAUUUGUUGAAGAUGAAUCAAAACAAACGAAUGAAGAUGAUGAUACUAAUAAUAAGGAAGAAGAUGAAAAUAAUAAAAUCUCUAAAGAGGAAUCAAAUGGAGAGGAAUUAGAAGAGGAAGAUGAAGAAGAAGAAGAAGAAGCAACUUCACGUCAAGCACGAAAUUUAAAACGAAGUCGUCGAUUAACACCAGUUCCAAGUAAACGAACAAAAGUAAAAUCAGAUCAACCAAGUACACCUACUAAUGGAAGUUCACCUCGACCCAAGAAGAAAGAAGUUACUAGCUCACCAAAAGUGACCACUAAUGAAGAAAGGCAACAUCAACUUUGGCUUUGUAGAAUCAAACUUCAACGUACACUUAUUCAACGGAAUCAACCAGUUACACCUACUGAUCCCAAGAAGUUCCCACCACCUACUGCUGACGAACUUCUGGUGGCAAGAUUAAUAUUACAUCGACUUGCUGAUUUCCCCAUGACGGUUGACUUUUUAAGAUCAACUAAAAUCCAUAAAGUCUUAAAAUGUAUACUUCGUAAUAGAGAUUUGGAGUAUUCUGAUAGUUUUAAACUUCAUGAGAAAUGUGAUGAACUUCUUUCAAAAUGGUCAGAAGAAAUUGAUAAACUUAGAAUUGAAAAAUUGAAUGAAACGAAACGAGAUGAAAAGGUUAAGGCAGAUGAAUCGGAAACUUCUGGAAUUGACUCUAUAAUACCACUUAAGAAUGGGAAUAGUCACCUGGAUAUCAUUGAAGGGAUUUCCGUAGAGGCAAACACUUGAAUAAGAGCACAACAAAAGUAGACUACAUCACCCAUUUUUAUAGAUCUCGUUUCCAAAUAUCAUUAUAGAUGUCGAUGAUGUUGCGUGUACCGCAAAGGAACGAAUAAGAAAGGAUGUAAGAAUGGAAAUGGACCGACAAAAAAGAAUUGAAAGGUAAAGAAGAGACUUGAAGAAUGGAUAUUAGUUCUUUUAAAGAUGUCUCUAGAGAGAGUGACAUCAAAUAAUAGAAACAAAGGAAUAGAGAAAGGUUAUAAUAUGACAAACCGAAAUUAAACCAGCAGAGGUUCUAUUAACGACCCUCCCCCUAUUUUUGUUUUAAAUGUUUUAAAUAUCACUUAUCAAUACCAAUAGGAAGUUUCCUUUGUUGAUGAUUUUCUAAACAAAACAAAAUAAUAAACAUUAACUAUUCCCAGUUUCCUGAUUGUCAUAUGGGAUUUCCUACUUCAUUUCAAAUGUAUUAUAGUGAAAGUUGCUUAUUGUAUAU